AUGGACGAGGAGGAGCACGAGGUUUACGGCCAGGAGAUCCCGGAGGACGGCGACAUGGACGGCGCCGACGUUGAUAUGGCCGCCGCCGGGGAUGACGCGGCGAAGCUGCAGGAGCUCGACGAGAUGAAGCGCAGGCUGAAGGAGAUGGAGGAGGAGGCCGCCGCCCUCCGCGAUAUGCAGGCCAAGGUCGCCAAGGAGAUGCAAGGAGGUGACCCUAGUGCAUCUACAGCUGAGGCAAAGGAGCAGGUGGAUGCCCGCUCUGUCUAUGUUGGAAAUGUUGAUUAUGCUUGCACCCCAGAAGAAGUGCAGCAGCAUUUCCAAGCAUGUGGAACUGUCAACAGGGUGACAAUCUUGACUGACAAGUUUGGGCAGCCAAAAGGUUUUGCUUAUGUUGAAUUUCUGGAACAAGAAGCUGUCCAGGAAGCUCUUAACUUGAAUGAAUCUGAAUUGCAUGGUCGCCAGAUUAAGGUUGCACCGAAGAGGACUAAUGUCCCUGGGAUGAAGCAGCGUCCACCACGUGGGUAUAAUCCCUACCAUGGCUACCCCUAUAGAUCAUAUGGAGCACCGUACUUCCCCCCUUAUGGUUAUGGGAGGGCUCCCAGAUUCCGCCGCCCUAUGCGCUACAGACCUUACAUCUGA